AUGGGGUCCAAAGUGGUCCAGCUCACUUCUAAGUCGCACCAUGAAAACAUUCUGGCCUCUUUACAUCAGCUGAGGCUGCAAGGUCACCUAAAUGAUGUUACAGUGCAGGUAGACUACCAGGGAGACCUGCAGGAGUUUCAGGCCCACCAGGUGGUACUUGCAGCAUCCAGUGGCUACUUCAAGAAGGUCCUCCUUUCUCAGGAUGCAGCCCGAGACAAAUUGUUACUCUCAAAUAUGCACUCCAGCAAUUUCUCCAAGUUUUUGGAGUUUGCGUACACUGGUAAGGUUGAAGUUUCCAGAGAUAAGAUUGGUGAUGUUAAAGCAGCGGCACAGCUGUUGGACUGUGAGGAUCUGUCAGAGGUUUGUGUGAAAACACAGAGGAGUGUGAGGACAGGACUGAGGUUGAGGCUCAGCCAGGGAAUCAGGCAGGUAAGGGGGACGAGUCUUCGUUGGGAAUGCAAGGCUCCGACGCAGGAGGACUGGGAAUGUGAGGACGAUGUGCAGAGUAAUGAUCCUGAGGACCCCUUGUCGUUAUCUCUGGGGGAAGAGGAGGAGGGGGAGGAGGAAGAGGAGGAGGAGGAGGAGGGACAGUCCAGAGAGACAACAAAAAGAACGUCCAAAGCCCAGUUCCAGUGUGACAAGUGCCAACGAACCUUCCACUAUGAGAGAAGCUACUUGAAGCACAUCAGUACGUACCAUGGAGUGAAAGCAGAUGUUGUCUAUCGAUGUGAGACCUGCCUGCAGACCUUUGCUAACCGCAGCAACUUGAAGAUCCAUGAAAAGCACGUCCACAGUAAUGAGAGGCUUUUUGCCUGUAACUCCUGCACAAAGACCUUUAAACGAAAGAAGGAUGUUGUUCGCCAUCAAAGGCAGGUACACGAACGCAACAAUCUGCGUCACGUCUGCCCUGACUGUGGAAAGGCACUCAGCUCUAAAACUGCUCUGUUAUUGCAUGAGAGGACCCACACAGGCACAAAACCUUUUGAGUGCCAGGACUGUGGAGCCAGGUUUACUCAGAACUCUGCCCUGAAGAUGCACCGCAGGACUCACACAGGAGAGAAGCCAUUUGCAUGUGACGAGUGUGAAGCCCGGUUCACCCAGAAGCACAUGUUGGCUUAUCAUAAGAGAUCACACACAGGGGAGAAGCCUUUCAUGUGUGAGGCGUGUGGGAAAAGCUUCGCAUCUAAAGAAUACCUAAGGCACCACUCAAACAUCCACACCGGGUCCAAGCCGUACAAGUGUGAACAGUGUGGCCGAGGCUUUGCUCAGAGGAAUUCCCUUCACCAGCAUUUAAAAAUACACACAGGCGAGCGUCCGUACAGCUGUAAAGACUGUGAAAAGCAGUUCACCCAGCUCAAUGCCCUCCAGAGGCACCAGCGUAUCCACACAGGAGAGAAACCCUACAUGUGUGGCCUUUGUAGCCGCACAUUUACAGACAAGUCCACCCUUCGCAGGCACACUAUGAUUCAUGACUCAGAUGCUCCCUGGAAGACGUACCUGGUGGUGCUGGAGGGCAAUGUUGAGGACAAGAAACCCAAAAGUCCAAGUAAGGGAAAGACAGACAAAGCAGGAGCAGGGGAGAAAAAGAGUUCAGCAAGGAAAAGUGGCGCUGCUGCUAGUACUGCUGCUGGUAAAACAAACACGGAGUCCAUCGUGGUUCCAGCUGAGCCCGUCACUCUCCCAUCUGAAUGGACCGGCCAUGGAGCCAUUGCUCUGGUCAGUCACGGCGCCCUCAGCGGCAUCACGGUCAUCCACACUGAGGUGCCACCUGGGACGCAGAUCCAGCCCAUUAUGACCACUGACGGCACAGGGGCCAGCGUCAUUUCCUUAGAUGGUUCUGCCAUCCCUGUCCCCUUCUCUAUCCCGGUGUCUAUGGCGCAUCCUAUCCCCUUGUCCUCUGAAGCCUCCUCCACUUGUUUGUCCGUACCCUCAGUUCUCUCAGUUCCUGUUUCUGAUGGCACACUGACAUCAGUCUCAGAGAUCCCAGCUGUUUCAGCGUCAUCAGUCCUGGAAGCUGCUGCUUCACAGACCAUUUUGGCCCCUGUUUCAGAGGCUAAGGCCACCUCUGAGAUGGAUAUAUUACCACCCAAUAUUCAGACUGUGAUUGUCAGUGAUAAGGUUUGUGGAAAAGAACAAACAGCAGCUGUCCAAAGUGAUGGGCAGCAAAGGACAGCAGAUAACUCUUUAGAUGAACCUAAAGGAUCAGAUCAAGAAGCUGUGUAGAAAAUGCAUGUGAAUAUAAAGAUCUUUAUGUGGGUGUAUGAAUUUAAGAUCCCAUUUCAUCCCCUCACUUAAUGUUAUUUUAUGUAUAUCAUCUGGAAUUAGCAACGUCUGAAUGUGUGUUCUGAUAUUGUGGUGUUCGAUUGUUAUCAUGAUCUAAAAUUCAGUGUUUCAUUAACGUCACUUGGAUGUGAUGUUCAGUGUUUAUUACACCCUUGCGGAUGUCAAGGUAUUCAUUAAAAAGCACACAAAUC